AUGGCCAGCAAUGAUAAGAAUUUAAGUUUGGAUGAUGUUUGGGCAAAAGUAUUAGUGGGUAUUGAACGUAUUUAUCAAUUUCAACAGAUGUCACCUACAGAAUAUAUGGUGCUUUACAGUCAUGUUUAUAAUUUUUGUACAAAUACUAAUGCACAAGGAUCUGCAUCGAGAACAGUAUCGAAAUCUACGGGAAAGCCUGGUAGUAAUAAUCGAGUUAAUGUAAAUGAAGGAGCAAACAUUGUUGGUGGUGCAUUAUAUGAAGAAUUAAAAAAACAUUUAAAAGUUUAUUUGGAAAAAAUCUGCGGAAAAGGGCUCGAUCUACAAGGCGAAAGCGUACUGCGUUUCUAUACCGCAAACUGGGAACAAUAUCGAUUUUCAAGUAAAGUAACAAAUGGUUUUUGCCAUUAUCUAAAUCGACAUUGGGUACGACGAGAAUAUGAUUCAGGACGAAAAGAUAUUUAUGAAAUUUUUACGAUGGCAAUGGAAAUAUGGCAGUUGGUAUUUUUUGAUCCAUUGAAUAGACAAGUAACAUUAGCAUGUCUUCAAUUGAUCAAAGCUGAACGUCAAAAUGAAGUCAUCAAUACCCGACUGAUUAGUGGAGUUAUACAAAGCUAUGUUGAACUUGGUUUCGCCGAGAACUCAUCUCUACAAAGUUCAAAUCAACAAAUAACAUCGCCGACAUUGAAGAUCUACAAAGAUUUCUUUGAAGCACCAUUUCUUCAAGAUACAGAACAAUUUUAUCGUCUUGAAGCAGCUAGUUUUCUCGUGCAUAAUUCUGUUACUGAAUAUCUAAAAAAGGUAGCUCAACGUCUUGAUGAAGAAGUUCAUCGUGUACAAUCCUAUUUACAUCCAUCAACAUUGGCAGCAUUGAUUAAAAAAGUUGAAGAAGUACUUAUUCGUGAUCAACUUGAAGUAAUUUAUACUGAAGCAAAGGCACUAUUGCAUAAUGAAAAACAUUCAGAUUUGGCACUUCUAUACAAAUUGGUGAGCCGAGUACCAAAUGCAACUCUUGAAUUGAAGAAGAUUGUUGAAGAUCACAUCCGCCAAAUGGGUAUUGAUGCCAUUGAACGUGCCAGUGUCAGUGCGCUUAAUGAUCCUAAACUUUAUGUUGAGACUAUUCUUGACAUUCAUACAAAAUUCUUUAAACUUGUACAAGAAGCUUUUAGUAGUGAACAAGGUUUUACGGCUGCUCUUGAUAAAGCCUGUGGUAAAUUCAUUAAUAAUAAUGCAGUAACAACAGCAGCUGGUAAUACAACAAAGUCACCUGAACUAUUAGCUCGAUAUUGUGAUGCACUUCUACGGAAAGGAAGUAAAGCUGUAGAAGAGACAGAUCUCGAAGAAAAAUUUAAUCAAAUAAUGGUUGUUUUUAAUUAUGUUGAAGACAAAGAUGUCUUUCAAAAAUUCUAUGCCAAAUUGUUAGCGAAACGUUUAGUCGGUCAAUUAAGUGCAUCGGAUGAUUACGAAGAAUCUAUGAUUACGAAACUAAAACAAGCAUGCGGUUUCGAAUAUACAAGGAAGUUACAACGAAUGUUUCAAGAUAUUGGCGUUAGUAAAGACCUCAUUGAUCAAUAUCGAACAUAUUGUGAAAAAAAUAAGCUUGAUGAUAUUGUUGAUUUUUCUGUCAUGGUUCUCAGUUCAAAUUCGUGGCCAUUUUCGGCGCCACCUAAUUUUGUUCUCUCACCUGAACUUAAACGAACAUUUGACUGUUUCACUAAUUUUUAUACUCAACAACAUAAUGGUCGUAAAUUGACAUGGCUUCAUCAACAUUCAAAAGGCGAUAUACAAACCUUGUAUACGAAACCGAAAUAUAUUUUACAUGUAUCAACAUAUCAGAUGGUAGUUUUACUAUUAUUCAAUAAAUCUGCUAGUUGGACAGUUGAACGAAUGCAAGAUGAAACUCAAAUUAAAAUUGAUUUAUUCUUGCAAGUUCUUUGCGGUUUAUUGAAAAGUAAAUUGAUCAUUUGCCCGGAAAUCAAUGAUGAUGAAAUCGACGAAGAACUGAAAGAGACAGAUAUCAAAAUGCAUCAUAAUAUUCUGGUAGCUGAAGAUUUCAAGAGUAAAAAAAUAAAAAUUAAUUUAAAUGUUCCGUUAAAAUCAGUCGAACAAAAAGAUAUUGAAGGUUUACAUAGAACUAUUGAUGAAGACAGAAAAAUGGUUAUUCAAGCUGCCAUUGUUCGAACAAUGAAAGCACGACAAACAUUAAAACAUGCUCUACUUAUGCAAGAAGUUAUUCAACAAUUAAGUUCACGCUUCAAACCCAAAAUACCUGUGAUUAAAAAAUGCAUUGAUAUUUUAAUAGAAAAAGAAUAUCUUGAGCGUCAAUCAAAUGAAAAAGAUGUACUACGCUACUUGGCUUAA